AUGCUAAUUUGGCUAAUUCUUUAUACUGCAAAUUCGGUUGUGGUGUGUUUCAGUGCUCUGGUGCCCAAUUUCAUUGUUGGGAAUUCAAUGGUCGCUGGUGUCAUUGGUUCGUUUCUGUUGUUCUCUGGCUACUUCGUAUCAAAACAUGAAAUUCCAAGUUACUGGAUUUUUAUGCAUUAUAUAUCUCCAUUUAAGUAUCCCUUUGAAGGGUUUCUAAUAAAUGAGUUCUCCUACUCAAAAAAGUGCUUCGAGUACUUGUUCGGCGCAUGCGUGGUGAGAGGAGAGGAUAUACUUAAAGAAGCAGAGCUAGGAGGGGAGACUAGUAGAUGGAAGAAUGUUGGGUUGAUGAUGGGCUUCAUCCUGGUUUCCAGGUUCAUUUCUUAUGCAAUUCUUAGGUACCGAUGCUCUCAAGGAGUCAUCCUUAAAGCAUGA